GGCCCUGCACUGGGCCGCAGGCGCGGGGCACGAGCAGGCCGUGCGGCUGCUCCUGGAGCACGAGGCUGCUGUGGAUGAGGAGGAUGUGUUUGGGAUGAACGCGCUUCUCCUGUCUGCCUGGUUCGGCCACUUGCGGAUCCUCCAGAUCCUGGUCAACUCGGGGGCCAAGACCCACUGUGAGAACAAGGACGGCCUGACCUUACUGCACUGCGCAGCCCAAAGAGGCCACGUGUCAGUGCUGGUGUUCAUAAUGGAGGACCUGGAGGAUAUGGCCCUGGACCACGCAGACAAGUUGGGAAGGACGGCAUUUCACAGGGCAGCUGAGCACGGGCAGCUGGACGCUCUGGACUUCCUCGUGGGCUCUGGCUGUGACCACAGCGUCAAAGACAAGGAGGGGAACACAGCCCUUCACCUGGCUGCUGGCCGGGGCCACGUGGUGGUGCUGCAGCAGCUGGUGGACUUUGGGCUGGACCUGGAGGAGCGGAACGCGGAAGGCCUGACCGCCCUGCAUGCGGCUGCGGAAGGGAUCCACCCCGGCUGCGUGCGGCUCCUGCUCGGCGCCGGGAGCAGCGUGAACGCCCUCACCCAGAAAAAGCUGAGCUGCCUCCACUACGCGGCCCUUGGUGGCUCUGCGGAUGUGUCUCGGGCCCUCAUCCUCGCAGGAGGCUGCACCAACGUGGCUGAUCAUCAGGGCGCCUCUCCUCUGCACCUUGCUGUGAGGCACAACUUCCCUGCCUUGGUCCAGCUCUUCAUCAACGCCCACAGUGACUUGGAUGCCACCGACAAUAGGCAGCAGACGCCCCUUCACCUGGCCGCCGAGCAUGCCUGGCAGGACAUAGCAGAGAUGCUCCUUGUCGCUGGAGUUGACUUAACCCUGACAGAUAAGCAGGGAAAGACCGCGCUGGCCGUGGCUGCCCGCAGCAACCACGUCACCCUGGUGGACAUGAUCAUAAAAGCUGAUCGUUUCUACAGAUGGCAGAAGGACCACCUCUCAUGCAGGGACUCCAGUGACCCCUCUGGGAAGAGCUUGACCUUUAAGCAGGACCAUCGGCAGGAAACACAGCAGGUCCGCUCCCUGCUGUGGCAGCUGGCCUCCAGGCGUCUGCGGCCCCAUGAGUGGAAGAAGCUCGCAUAUUCCUGGGGGUUCACUGAGGCCCACGUCUACGCCAUCGAGCAACAGUGGACAGGCACCAGGAGCUACCAGGAGCACGGCCACCGGAUGCUGCUCAUUUGGCUGCAUGGCGUGGCCAUCGCUGGUGAGAACCCCAGCAAAGCGCUGUUCGAGGGCCUCGUGGCCAUUGGCAGAAGGGACCUGGCUGAAAGCAUCAGGAAGAAAGCAAGUGCAGACACAGCUGCCCCCAGGAGGUGCACAGCCAUGUAACUGGAGAGGCCAGACCUUCGGGCAUGUGGGACGUGGGAGUGUGGGGCCACCUGAACAGAAGAUGACCAUUGUUUAAGAGCUUAUAAACAAUCACUGUUAACAGUCCCCAGUUGCUUCCACUGAAGCGCACAGUCACGCAGAGACCAGCAGGCAGUGUGUGUACAGUAAUCUUCUCCACGAGGGGGCCUGUUUCAGGGUUUGCAUUAGGUAAUCCCGUCCCACGGGGAUGGUCCUUCACUGCUCUCAGCUCACUUUCACCUCCUUCAUCUUGAGCCUCAUAGCCGUCCCUGGAGGUGCAAGGGGGCAUCUUUACAGAUAGAAUGCUGAGGCCCAGGGAGGAGAAGCAGCUUGCCCAGGUCGCACUGCUACUCAGGUGGUGGGGUCAGGCGCCAAACCCGGCGUUCCUCCCACCCUGACCCGAGGAACGGGCUCCUGCAUCACUUACUAACGGACUGCCCGGAACCCGCCCGCUGGUUUGUAAGAAUGCCAUGCUUACUCUACAGCCUUUUAUUUACAAGCUAAUUUGUACACUUUGACAGUUCCAGGAGGCACACACUCUCAUUUUUUCCCUCUUGUUUUAUCAUUUUU